UGCAUCUCUUCAUUUUAAUCCCAGGUAACAAAUCAGCAAGAUGCGUGCGUUAGUUUGUCUUAUAUUUACCGCUCUGGUAUACGGCAUUGAAGGAGCUCCUCAUAUCGUCGGCGGGAAGGAUGCUCCAAUUGGCAAAUUUCCGUAUCAAGUGUCAUUGCAAUUCAAUGGCGCCCACAUGUGUGGUGGAUCUAUUCUUGAUAAAUAUAACAUAUUAACCGCAGCACAUUGUCUUAAAGAUCUCAGUUUCGAUGAUUAUUAUCUGACUUAUCUAAAAGUCCAUGCUGGCACAAACUUUUUGGAUGUACCUGGAGCAGUUUAUGAUGUAGAAAGUGUAAUCUUCAACUCUCAAUACGACGAAACUUCAAUCAUUAAUGAUGUUGGUUUGAUUCACCUUAAAAAUCCUAUCACGUACAACAGAUUAGUGCAACCGAUAAAUCUUGUUACAUCCGAUAAAGAACUCGAGGGCAAGCCGUGCACAUUAUCUGGUUGGGGAAUUACUUCGGUUGAUGGAAAGAAACCAAAUAACUUGCAAGAAAUUGAAUUAAUAGUUUAUCCGCAAGAAGAUUGCAAGACAGCACAACCGAAAGUGAGAGAUAGCCAUAUCUGCACUUUGACUAAAGAAGGAGAAGGAGCAUGCUACGGUGAUUCUGGUGGACCAUUGGUGGCUAAUGGAGUUCAAAUUGGAAUCGUUUCCUUUGGUACUCCCUGCGCACUUGGAGCUCCAGACGUUUACGCAAGAGUUUCCAGUUACAUAUCUUGGAUCAGUGCAAAUUUGAAAAGAGUUCCUUAUAUCAUCGGCGGUAAGAAUGCUAAAAUCGGCGAAUUUCCGUAUCAAGUGUCAUUAAAAUAUAAUAACAUCCAUAGAUGCGGUGGAUCUAUUAUUGAUAACUACAACAUAUUAACUGCAGCACGUUGUGUUGAUGGUUUAGAAAAUUCGGUGGGUAAUCUAAAAGUCCAUGCUGGCACAAACUGGUUGGAUGUAUCAGGAGCAGUUUAUGAUGUAGAAAGCGUAAGCGUCAACUCUAAAUAUGACGACUAUUUAUUCAUUAAUGACGUCGCUUUGGUUCACCUCAAAAAUUCUAUCACGUACAAUAGACUAGUGAAACCGAUAAAUCUUACGACAUUCGAUGAAGGACUCGAGAACAAGCCGUGCACAUUAACCGGAUGGGGAACUACUUCGAUUGAUGGAAGUACUUCAAAUUAUUUGCAAAAAAUUAAGUUAAUAGUUUAUCCGCAAGAGGAUUGCAAGGCAGCACAACCGAAAGUGAGAGAUAGCCAUAUCUGCACUUUGACUAAAGAAGGAGAAGGAGCAUGCUACGGAGAUUCUGGUGGACCAUUGGUGGCUAAUAAAGUUCAAAUUGGAAUCGUUUCCUUUGGUAAUCCUUGUGCACUUGGAUAUCCAGAUAUUUAUACAAGAGUUUCCAGUUUUGUACCAUGGAUCAAUGAACAUUUGAAGAAAUAAAAAACAUUAUUUAAUUUGUUUUAUUACAAUAUCAUUUUGU